GCCAAUAUGACUCCAGAAACGGAAUACACGGCGGACGAAGUUGCUCAGCACACCAAGCCUGAUGACAUAUGGAUGACUAUCCAUGGGGAAGUGUACGACGUAACUAAAUAUGUCAUGGAUCAUCCAGGAGGAAUCGAAGUUCUCUUGGAAGCAGCCGGCACUGAUGCAAGUGAUCCAUUCGACAAUGCUGGCCACUCAGAUGAUGCCUUCGACCUCAUGACCCCUUUCCGAAUUGGGAAAUUGAAAGGUCACGUUAAUAAAAAGUCAAAGAAUCCAAUUCUUUUGCAACCUCCACUCGAGAAGCUUGAUUCUACGAAACAAUCUCAUGGCCUAGCAGGAAUAACCUUGGGAUUUCUUUCGCUGGGUAUUGCGGCAUCGACGUACAAGAUUCUUAAGGGAGAACAUGGUAUUUCAGCCUUGACUCAUGCCCUCUCGAUUUUGUCGAUACCGAUUGCUUCUACACAACCAAGUAACUCAAUUUACUCCAAGGGGUUACUGGGUAGCUCAUUACUCUUAAUGGGCUGUACAGCAUUUGCAAUACGGAAGUCUUUUGGCAUUAUCAUGGGUGAAACGAACUUUAGAACGUACCCAAAUCACCUGAAAGUACCUAAACCGGUGACACGGGAUCCCUUACUUCAAAGGGGUUGGUUGGAUUCAGUGUUAUCUCCCCUACCGUUGGCAAAGAAGAUACUUAUUGCACCAAAUGUAUACCGCUUGGUGUUUUCCCUACCUCAGCCAGAAGCAAUGUUAGGCCUACCAACUGGUCAACACGUCGCUAUUACGAUGAACAUUGAUGGAGAAAAGGUGACAAGGUCUUACACUCCAGUAUCCAAUAACUUAGAUUAUGGUGUUCUGGAAUUACUCGUCAAGAUCUAUCCAGACGGCAAGUUGACUGGUGGCUGUCUUGCCAACCUCCAAAUUGGAGAUGCGGUUCAUUUCAGAGGUCCUAAAGGAGCAAUGCGCUACACCAACGGACUUUGUAAAAAGAUCGGAAUGAUAGCUGGUGGUACAGGCAUAACUCCGAUGUUCCAGCUCAUUCGAGCGAUCUGUGAGAACGACCGUGAUGCGACAGAAAUAAGUCUGAUAUACGCAAAUCACACAGAGAACGACAUUUUACUCAAAGACGAGCUGGAUAAGUUUUCCCGCCUAUAUCCUAAGCUGUUCAAUGUCUUCUACGUCAUUGAGCAUCCAUCAACAACUUGGAACUCUGGAGUUGGCUACAUAACGAAGGAUAUGGCAGCACAAAGACUACCGCUUCCGGGAAAUGAUGUCAAAAUCAUGGUUUGCGGUCCACCUGGUAUGGUCGGCGCAGCCAAGAAAUUUCUUGGAGAGUUGGGCUACGAGACUCCAGGUGCAAACCCGAAGAUGAGCGACCAGGUUUUUAUUUUCUAGAGAGAGUGUGAAAAGCAUAAGACAGCCAUCAAAAAGGUUGUGUGGCAAGAGGUUCUUAUAUUUCUUAUAUAGCGUCCAAGCCUAGCCAAAAGCAUUUCAGUUCUGUAGUUAAUACAUUUUAAA